GCGCCAAAGUCAUGAUCAUCCCCCCGCAGGCUGGGCAGACCCGACCAGUUGACUUUUUCGCAAGGGAACAGCCCAAAGCACCGCCCCCAUCCCCGGGUGCUGAACUCCGAGUCGUCGAAGACAAGGGCAGCUCGCAUUCGGAGGAGAUCGUUGCUGUACCAGUUGUGCAGGAAAUGCCGUUGCAGCCGCGGCAGGCCAUGUCCCCGGCAGAGAAUGUUUCGCCUUUACAG